AAAAUAAAUAAUAAUAAUAAUUUUAUCAGUAACUCGGUAAUCAUAACUCCACCGAAAACAUGGUUUGGUUAGAGGAAGGCGCCACCAGAAAGAAGACGACGAGCAAGAGAAGAGACGAAUAUAUUAAGAAGAAUUUAGCUCCGGCGAUCGGCCGUCGAGGUCCGCCAAAUCGGACCGUUAUUACUCUAUUGAUAAAUUGUCCUCUGAUCUGCGAUAACUUAUAUUUGGAAGAACAAGAAGAGGGAGAAUCAGAAUCUCAACGAGGAUUUGAGGAAAUUUUUGCUACAAAUUUGUGUUAAAUCUUUCCAAGUUUCGACAAUCUUCAAAUUCGGAGGCGAUGAUUCUUUUGAGUUGAACAACAGGUAUUGAAAAACCCUAGAUUUUGAUUUCUACGCUUUUUUGUGGUUAUUUUUCCUUGGAAAGCAGGGAGGACAUUUGAUUCGCGUUAUGGGAAGCUCAGAUCUUAGAGAAUCUUAAUCGGAAGCUAAUAAGUUUUAGGGUUUUUGGAGAUUUACCGAAGAAAUGGGCUCAACGAGAAGCGAUCUCGUUCCUUGGAUGUUCUUCUAGACUAGAUCGCCCAAUUUAUUUCUGCAUGGCUUCUGGAGAUCUUUCAUAUACUUGAAAAUCUGUUCUGAAAAGCUGCAGGAGCUUUUGAUUAUGAUUUUUUAUCCAUAAAAUAGGACUUCACCGUUGGUCGAGAAAUUUUCAUGCUGCAAUUGUUAGGCUAUUUUCUGAUUUUAGUGUGAAUUGUUGAAAUCUACUAAGCUGCUCGGCAACCCAAGACUCCUGUGGCUGUGUCUUUCUACUUCUUCUACGGUGGACAAACUAGCUAGAUAGAAACUUUUAGGAUAUUAUACUUUAAAUUGAUUGCAGGAGCUAUGAUGAUUGCUUGCACUUCUGGCGAUUUAUCUUGCAAAUUUGGUAUUUCAUGUUUAUAUCACUGGAUCUAUAAGCUAGGGGUCAUUUUCCGUAAUUUAAGGUGCAGUAUAUGCUUGCUUGUUGUGCUCAUAUAUGCUGAAAAGAGGCAGGGAAAAAUGAAGUGGCUAAAUUUCACAUGUCAUUAUUUGCCCUGUAAUACUAUUGAAACGAAGGUUACUGAUGUUCCAUUUAAAGAGAAUAGGAGAUUUGAGUUACAGAUAUUUUUUGAAGCUCUUUGGUCAGCGGUCAGGAAGUGAGUCAGAUGGCAUGUCAUGAAUGGUUUUGCUGCCAAAUAUUUUUGCAUUGACUGAAACAACAAUAUAUACCUUUUAUAGCC